AGUCGCGCGUUAUUUGCGUCAUGUGUUAUCUAACUAUGGCGGCAGAAGGAACGAAAGAAUUUAGCGACAACGGACACUUUACAAACCCUCCAGAGUUUAUGGCCCUGGAGGUUUCUGAACUUCCUCAGACAGAGUUAGGGGUCUCUGAGGACAAGGGUGGAAGUGGGACAGAGAUGGCAAAUCCAUCCGUCAUCUACAGUGGCCCUCCAUUAGAAGGAGAAGAGGAGGAGGAGGAAGGAGAUCUCCCAGUGGAUUUUGAUAGACUUUGGAAAGUAGUGAGCGACAACCCUCAGGAUUUCAACGGCUGGACGGAUUUGCUACAGUAUUGUGAACAAGAAGGUCAUAUGACUGCGUCUCGGCGGGCCCUUAAUGCAUUCCUGGUCAAAUACCCCUUAUGCUACGGCUACUGGAAGAAGUUUGCUGAUAUGGAAAGACGAGCAGGCCACAACAGCAAGGCUGAAGAGGUGUGUGUACGAGGACUGAAAGCUAUCCCUCUCAGUGUGGAUCUGUGGAUACAUUACAUCAACCUCCUGCUAGGGACACUCAACAUGAAUUUGUCUGAGUCAAUAGAACGCAUUCGCAGUGCGUUUGAGGAGGCUGUGACUGCAUCGGGCUGGGACUGGCACUCAGACCGGCUGUGGGACCUGUACGCAGAAUGGGAGAAAGAACAGGGAAACUUACUAGCCAUGACUGUGGUCUAUGACCGGGUGAUGAGAGUGCCAACCCAGCUCUACAGUACCCACUAUGAGAAGCUGAAGAGUCAUUUGACCUCGCAUGCACUUCAGGAUGUCCUAAGUCCUGAGGACUACAUAAAGCUGAGGGCUGAGUACAAGCAGAUUCAGAUUCAGGCUAAGAAAGAAGGCUCCAAUCCUACAGCUGAUGAGGAAGAAGAGAGACCACCUGGGGAGGAUGAGCCUGCUGACAGUGGCAAAGACUCGGAGGAGGCAAUGCAAAAGAUGCAGGAGCUGCUGUUGGCGAGCAGAGAACAAAUGUACCUGCAGAACGAGAGUGAGGUCAGGAAGAGAUGGAACUACGAAGAGGGGAUUAAACGACCGUAUUUCCAUGUGAAGCCCUUGGACCGGGCUCAGCUGAAAGCCUGGCACAGUUAUCUGGAUUGGGAGAUGGCUGAAGCUCAGGCAGUGCAAGAGGUUAUUGAAGGAACCUCUGUGGAAGCUCCAGAACAUUCCAAAGUCAGCGAGAGUGUUGCUGGGCAUAAGCGGGUACUGAUCCUGUUUGAGCGCUGCCUCAUUGCCUGUGCACUCUAUGAAGAGUUCUGGGAUAAGUACGUGCGUUACCUUGAGCCGCGGAGCCUGGAGGAAACGCGUAGUGUUUAUCGGCAAGCAUGUGAAGUUCACCUGCCAUACAAGCAUAGUUUCCGCUUACAGUGGUCGACUUUUGAAGAGAGACAUGGUAAUAUCUUGGAGGCACAGCGAAUUUUAGAAUCUCUAGAGCAGUAUAUGCCUGGACUGGCAAUGGUACGCCUACGGCGAGCAGGGCUAGAGCGGCGAUUGGGCCGUCUGGAUAAGGCAGAAUCUCUGCUGAGGGAGGCUGUAGAGCAGAAUAAAGACAAACCACACCUUCAUGCCUUCUUCUCCAUUAAACUGGCCCGUUUCCUCCUCAAACUGGGCAAAAAUCCAUCCAAGGCUCGUGCUGUAUUGCAGGAAGCCAUCGAGCUUAGUCCGGAUAACAGUAAGCUGUACCUGAAUCUGCUGGAGCUAGAGGUAUCGGGGGACUUGCGGGUCAAUGGAGGAGGAAUCCAGCAGUGUGUGAGCAAAGCAUUAGCUGCACCUCUCUCACCAAAGACCAAAAUCCUGUUCUCUCAGCGAGGCCUGCAGUUUGCUGAGGACUUUGGGACUACAGUGCAAAGUGUGUUGAGUAUCUAUGAAGAGCACCAGAAGCUGCUGGAUGAGCUUGGUGGGAAGAAGCGAGGAGCAGAGAAUGGUGAUAAUGAUGACCCAGAGAAAAUGAGUAAAAUGGAUGAUGGCUCUGCUGUUACGGCUCCUGUUCAAGGUGUCCCACCUACUAUGCCCCCUGUUUCUAUGACAACACCACCUCCCCCCAUGAUGGGUGGAGACAUGAGUGGGUACGGAAGCUACAGCAACUGGUAUCAGCAGCAGCAGCAGCAGUAUGGGGGAUAUGGUGGUUAUCACAACCCAUGGAACCAGUACAAUCAAUACUACCCUUCCAGCUAGAGCUGAGGGGCAUGAGGCCAGCGGACAGAAACGGAGGCUUCUGGCACUGCACCAGAAUUUACAGUCAUUGAAUGUACAUGGCCCUCAAAUGGCAGGAUCUCAGUCUGAGCAAGUAUGGUAUAGUCAGAGGUAGCUGACUGAGCGUACAGUGGUGCACAUAAUGUGCAUCGUGCACUUGCUUGUCCACUUACCUCAGUGCUUUAAAGAAUGAUCUUGUCUCCUUUUGAACUGUGGGUCAUACAUCAAUGACUGCCGUGGAGAUAUUCAGGUUUUUAGAUAUUAUGUCUGUGUAAUAUAUGUAUAAUCUUUAUAUUCUGAACAUUUUUUAAACUCUUUGCGCCUUACAUUUAAACCACUGCACAUUUAUGAGUUUCUAGCCAUUCCAAAAGUAACCCUGCUUUAUUGAAGAUGUACAUAAUGGUGCUUUAUAAUGUGGCAGCAUCCCACAGGACAAAGUUUGCACAUUACACUGUACUUAUUUUAAGGUACUAUUUUUGUUGUGCACUGGAGAAAUCACUGUUUUCAUGGGUAGGGAGGGAAGUUUCUGACCAUGCCUUUUAUUUUUUUAUUUAUUUUUUUUAAACCCGGUUUUUCCCCCAAUUUAGUCGUCUCCAAUUCCACCCGCUACUUAGGACUCCCAAUCACAUGAUGCUACCAACGCUAGGGAGGGUGAAGGUUAGCACAGGCUUCCUCCGAGACCUAUGAAACCAACCACUGCAUCUUUUCGAACUGCCACUCACGCAACGUCACGGGACAGCCGAAUACGCUUGGAGGAAAGCACCAACCAACAGAUCUGUUAC